UGGCGCGGCGCGCUGCCAAAUUGCGAGGAGAGUGGCGGCCUCCUCCUCCAGCUCAGCGGUCCGCCGAUUUAUUCGCUCGUCAGCAACAUCAUCAUCAGCAGCGGCAGCGUCUUACACUCACCACUACAAUAUUCCUUCGUCGCCAGCUGCACGCAGCCACCGGCGGUAUAGAAUAACUAGCAGCAGUGACCACGUCUGGCUGCUAACUACUGUUGCUCCAGAAAACAAACAGCGGUUCUUAAUUGACACCGGGAAAGGAACGCUGGCAGCGACGCAGGCUAAAGGCACAUGCGGGCGCAAACAGUGCUAGGGAGAAAGCCCAGCUAGAAUCGUCCUCCGCAUCGUCUGCGCGGGACACGUUUUUCAACGACGCAAGGGUUGGUUGUGUCAUUGGCUUCCGAUGGAUGACGCGCAGAAAAGCGACGUGUCGGAGUCUCCGGCAGAAGGGACGGCCGAGUUGCUCGACGAUCUGAAGACGCUCGAAGUGCGGGACAACUCCAGCAGCAGCGACGAGGAUGAGUUCUACGACGCCGACUCGUACGCAGAAUCCGUUUCUGUGAAAGCGCUGCAGAGGUUUAGCAACUGUUCGGCGGAGUCGAGCGACUCGGCGAGGAUGUCCGACCCCGGCGCUCAGGACAAUGGCGAGGAGAGCCACGCCAACGGCAUCAAGAAGCGCAGGAUCUCCCUUCCAGCGCCCAUGUUCUCCAGGAGCAACUUCAGCAUCUGGAGCUUCCUUCGGAGGUGCAUUGGCAUGGAGCUGUCCAAGAUCACCAUGCCGGUGAUAUUCAACGAGCCGCUGAGCUUCCUGCAGCGGCUGUGCGAGUACAUGGAGCACACGUACCUCAUCCACAAGGCCAACACCUCCAGCAGCUCCAUCGAGCGCAUGCAGUGCGUAGCCGCUUUUGCCGUGUCAGCAGUGGCAUCGAACUGGGAGCGGACAGGGAAACCCUUCAACCCGCUCCUGGGAGAGACCUACGAAAUGGUCCGGGAGGACCUGGGCUUCCGGCUGGUGUCGGAGCAGGUGAGCCACCACCCGCCCAUCAGCGCCUUCUUCGCCGAGGGCCUCAACAAGGACUUUGUGUUCCACGGCUCCGUCUACCCCAAGCUCAAGUUCUGGGGCAAGAGCGUGGAGGCCGAGCCGCGCGGAAUCAUCACGCUGGAGCUGCCCAGGUACGGCGAGGCGUACACGUGGACCAACCCCAGCUGCUGUGUGCACAACGUGAUCGUGGGCAAGCUCUGGAUAGAGCAGUACGGCUCGGUGGAGAUCACCAAUCACAAAACGGGCGACAAGUGCAUGCUCACGUUCAAGCCCUGUGGGCUGUUCGGCAAGGAACUUCACAAGGUGGAGGGAUACAUCCUGGACAAAAACAAGAAGAAGGUGUCUGUGAUCUAUGGCAAAUGGACGGAGGUGCUGUGGUCCGUCGACCCUGGCAUCUACGAGGUGGGGAAGAAGAACGACAAAAAGUCCACCGAGAAGCUGGCCAAGCUGGUGGCCGCGGAGUCGAGCGGCCCGUCCGGCCAGCAGGCGGAGGCGGACGAGGCGGAUGACAUCCCCACGCUGGAAGUGCCGGAGACCGUGACGGUGCUGCCUGGGAGCAAGCUGCUGUGGCGCGUGCAUCCGCGUCCCGCCAACUCGAUACAGAUGUACAACUUCACAAGCUUCGCGCUCACGCUGAACGAGAUGGAAAAGGAGAUGGAGGGACUGCUGGCGCCCACGGACUGCCGAUUGCGCCCAGACAUGAAAGCGAUGGAGCAGGGUGACAUAGACCUUGCCGGCGAGGAGAAGAACAGGCUAGAGGAGAAGCAGCGAGCGGCGCGCAAGCAGCGUGCCAAGACUGAGGAGGAGUGGCACACGAGGUGGUUCCGGCAGGACUUAAACCCCCACACGUCCACCGCGGACUGGAUCUACGAAGGAAAUUACUUUGACCGUCGGUAUGAAAACUGCCCCAACAUCUUCUAAGGGAGCCUACGGGGCCACCGCCACCGCCGCCACCACCAACUCUACCCACCACCUCCAGCUCCGUUUGCUUCCCAGCUCGUCCUCUCUACCCCCCUCGCUGGACCUUGCAGCCGGAGAAGGGGGCGGGGGGGGGGGGGGCACUAGCGCUUCUUGGACUGAUGUCGCGUGCGCGCAGAACCCAUCUCGAACUUUGCACGGCCGGUGAUGACGAUGACGGCCCGUCGGGCCGACCGAACUGUGGGGCAACCGGCUCCACCGUCAAAAGGAUGAGCACCAUCCUCCCACCAUCCUCCCACCCCACCACUGCUCCCACCGCCGCCGCGUGCAGCCCAACCUCCGUGUAACUUAUUGUCGGCGCGACGUGCGCGGGAGGGCACAGGCGGGCGACGGUCACUCCCCCACGCUGUUCAAAGUACCCAACGCUAACGGGACACUGUAGGGAUUUUAGCAGGUGACUAUCAUGUCGGUAUCUUCGUGUGCUGUUGGUUUAUUGUUUUUAUUUACCCACCCUACCAGAUCGCACAUUUUUUUUUGUGUUCCUUUAAACUUAUCGGUCUUGUUUAGUUCCUGAUAACGUUUCUUGACUCGUAGCUAUCCCUCCCCUCGGUCCCCCCCCCCCCCUUCUUCAAGUGUCCCAAUGUGUUUUAAAACGUUGUGUCCGUCUGUGCCGUAAGAAUGUCUUCACACAAGGGUGUCGUAGCUGUUAUUUUAAACCCGCAAGCCGAAUUUUGUGCUGUAUAGGUAGCUACAACCUCGCCCUCUAUAAUCACCCACCGCCCAGGCGUUCCCUAAUAAAUGAAAUAUUUAAAGGUGAGUAUUGCAGAUGUAAAGCAAAACAAAACAUUUAAUGUGAACGUAACGUAUCAGUUAAACUGCCAGAACAUUUAUAUUUGAAUUGAAUUGACCCAAACAUUUUUUGAUAACGGCUUUGAACUUCGACAAAGAACCGCAUUUUUCCUUCAUAAACCAUUGGUGCCAUUUUGCAAAAAAAAAAUAUUCUGUCAGUUUAACGACCAUGCGCUCUAAGCCCACGAUUUGGUGUAUCCCCACCAACGAUGUAAAUGUGUCUUUUUAAAUCUCAGCCCAUAUCAACGUAACCUGUAACGCGCAGCUCGACGGGUAAUGAGAAUUGUCGGCCGAUUUUUCUAUUUUACCCGCAAACCCCGCUCCCCGUUUAACGAUGAAACGCUUUGCAUGCCCUCAAUACCGCGCAGAAAAACGCCUGCGCCGGACUCGCCACAUGAGGUCCCCCGUAUCCAGCCGCUGCAGUGAGGCAGAGCCGCGAGAGAUUAACUCGAGACCAGGGCUGCCCAAACUGUGCCUGACCCUAUGAGUCACAUACCAACAUCCUCACAUAGCCUAACACACACACGAUGCUCACGCCGAUCUGCUUUGGAGUUUUAAAUUUAGAAAUCUGGUCCCGGGAGUGCUCACGACUGGCUCUGCUGCCAGGGUCGAGUGUCCCAGGGCCUCUCCCGCUUAUGCAGAUCCCCCCGCCCCCCCCCCCCCCGUUUCAAAUAAAGUUACGUUGAAAAGUAAAAAAGAAUUAGCUGACGUCUCUGUGGAGCCACGCUUGAAUUGCCUGGGAGCGAGAGCUGCGUGCGGAUCGCGAGCCGUGGGUUGUGGGCCCACUCCUCGUGUCUCGUCAGAGUGGUUUUAUUCGUGACUCAUCGCCCUGUAGGCUCUCGCCUCAACCUCCCUCCCCUCUUUCCCUCUGAACCCAUCCACCCUUGCGGUCAUCCAUCCUGGACCCUACAACAACAACCACAUUCUCACUAAGGGGGGGUGGGGGGGUGUUUGCUCGCCUUUCCACCGCGGACACUCACGUGCGCGUGCGAGUUUGCGUAUCUUCCGUGCGCGCGAGCGUGCUAAUUGGCGGCGUCGUGAUCUGCGCACGCCACUACGAUCCUGGCCGCUUGGGUUGAACUCCCUCUGGGCCGACUCUGUUUUAACGGAGUCUACCAGCUGCUGUGUUUGUGAACAUCGUCGCGACGCAGGCGGCCGGGACACGGCGCUUCCCACGCCAUCUCCCCUCGUGCGCCAUGCUGGCCCUGUUCGGCGAUCGCUAUCGGCACCUUGCCCCCCCCCCCCCCCCCGCUCCCAGGCCUGUCAAGGCUACACGGGGAUUUUGGUGAUGGGGGGGGGGGGGCUCUAUCUUUGUGCGAGACUACGAGCGUGUGCGUGUUGUGCUGAUUUGUAACGUGACGUGUGCGGUCGUGGGGGGGCAGCGCCUACCAAAGUCGGGGGAGAGAGAGGGGGGGGGACCUUAUUCUCUCGUGAGCCCCCCCCCAACCUCUCCCACCAUCCUCUCCUCGGGCCGCUGAGAUCUGUGCCGCGUGCGUCUCUGGUGGGAGCUGGAACCGCCGAACAAUCCGUAACUUAUUUGUAAAGUUUAUUCUGUGCCGAUGCAAUUGGUGAAAACAAAAUAAUAAUAAUAACCGAUGUCGACGACUUGAGACGAAUGUUGUGUUGCUGGGAGCUGCAAGACGAAUUAUGGACAUGUAAGCAAUAUGGUGUAAUGUAUAUUUUUUAUAUAGCUUCUCUAUCCGUGUUUAAUUUUGGAGAGUUAUACUGGUGUUAUGUAUUUUUGUUAUAGCCUACUUGGACAUCUGUUGUUGGGUUGGAGUGGCGCUUGGAAUUUGAUCUUUUUUUAUUUUAAUAUUUCUUGAUUUUCCCUCUUUACCUCUUGGCAGAUUUCCACAUUUGCCCCCCCUCCCCCCCCCUUGCACUCUUCAGACCCUCAGAACAUUAGGAUGCAAACCAUGCUGCACGGCAGGCGAGACGGACGGCUGCCCAACAAGGGCUUGAGCAGGUUAUACAAAUGCAGGGUGAUCCAUUUAUAGAUACCUCACCGAUUUCUCCCGAUGCUCCUAAUCUCUUCUCAACAGGUGGUUGAAUCUUAAUUUUGGAGCUUUCGUGACUGCAGGAAUUAUUCUUUGGUGGUUGAAUGUUGCAAAACGAUUUUGUCGAGGUGUGUGGAAGACGUGCAAGAGGCUUUGAAAUUAAAUGUUUAAUUUGCGACGAUUUCUCCCUCUUGUUUUCAAUGGGGUACCUAUAAAUUGAUCGCCCCGUGGACAACCGUUAAACGACUUUUGGAGGAAUCUGAUCGCAAGCUCAUCUCUGUAUCCAGCUGUUGCUGCAAAUGCAGCCUGAAUUUAAAACCCCGGGUGUCUGUGCAGAGAGACGGCUUGCUUGGGCGAUUUGGGUGUCUGGUGAAAUCGGAGCGCGCACACUCGGCUGACGGUAUGCAUGGGACGAGGUUGGUUGGUUUGCCCCCUAAUGUGUCCGGAGAGGGUUGUUGAACUUUGCAAAGUGGCAUUGGGCCGAAGGAAUGCGCGAAUUUAAGAGCCGAGAGCGCCCUCUGGUGGCAUAUUCAGGGCAUUGGACUUCCCCCACCCACCCACCCCUCGUCGAGAGCAUUGUAAUUCCAGCACUUCAACACGUGUUCGUGAGAGCCAUAGGCUGCAAUCUUUAUCAAGAGAUUUUGGUUUAUGUAAAAUGUUUCAUAUUGCACAAUAAAGGUGAUGCUGUGGCAUAAAAUGUA